GCGUUUCCCGCGAAAUAGGGUUUGUUUACCUCCUGCGGCGCCGCGCGGAGAAUGUUUUACAAGUCCAGGAGCCACGUUAUUAGGGAGCUGCUCGCGGAGAACAUACAUGGGCGGUCUUUUCUUUGGUGAUUACUGUACACAAGCACUGGCACUUCCUUUCUUUCCACUCCCAGUACGGUACAUCUUCAUUGGAUUCAUUGACAAAGAUUCCGGAGAGAGAACCAGUGCUCGCAAGAGCCUACUCGUCCAGAGCUUCAAGUGUUAUCAUGAGGAUGAGUACGGUAGCAAUACCUUGGACUCGCCUGCGAAUGAGGAGCCAAUAUAUGCCUGCAAGUUUGGGGAGGGGCAUGACUACGGCCACAUCCUGGUGAUUGCUGAUGAGGUGGGCGCAAUAGGCCUGAGGGACACGCGCACAGGAGACAAUACAGUUCCUGUAAAAGCCUAUCAGAUCCAUGAUAAAGCUGUGAUGGAUGUCUGCUGGAUGCCAGGUUCAAAAGAGUUGGUGUCUGUCUCUGGCGACCGACGUGUGGUACUGAUGACGGUGAGGGAGGAUGGCAGCUUACCCAUCACACACGUCCUCUUUGGCCACACCCGCUCCAUCAAGACUGUCAGUGUGAAUCGCAAUGAUCCUUGCAUAAUAGCGACAGGAGCUCGUGAUGGCAACAUCAUCAUAUGGGACAAGCGUUGCAAACCCGACCACUUUGCAGAUAGAAUAGCUCCAGCUCACCAUAUGGUCCCCAAGAGUGGCAUAUCCCCAACUGUCCGCAAAUCAGCCUCCAGCUUGUCAGCCACCACCAGCAGCGUGACAAGUGUCCUCUUCCAGCAGCAGCAUGUCCUCAUCUCCUCUGGUGCCUCAGAUGGCCUCAUCAAGCUCUGGGACCUACGCAAGACCCACGGAGGCAGCCGACGGGAGCCUCAGUGCCAAAGUUUCCUGGAGCACAGCGGCCGCUCCUCUCACCGGGGCUUCACCUCCUUGUCUCUCUCACCUGAGCAGGAUGUCCUCUAUGCCUCCUGCAUGGACAACACCAUCUAUUCUUAUCAUUUGGCAAAACCUACACCCAGGCCAGUUGCUGAAUACACUGGACACACAUCGCUGACCUACUUCGUCAAGGCGUGUGUCAGCCCCUGUGGCUCGUACCUGCUCAGCGGAUCCAGUGACUUUGCAGCUUACAUUUGGCUGACAGACCAACCAGGAAAGCCAAUAGCAAAGCUUUCAGGUCACAAUGCUGAGGUUACUGCUGUUGAUUGGUGUCCAGUUGAAGACAAGCUGGUUACUUGUGAUGAUGAAGUAAAGCUUCGCAUCUUUCGAAGAAAGAACGUAGAUAUGGAUGACUUUGAUGAAAAGUUAAGAAUUCGAGGAAUGUCAGAACAAUACUAUGUGGAAGAAAGUAAUGUUAAGAGUUCGGAGAACAGGAAAGAAUCUCCACUGUUAAGGGAAAGAAAAACCUCUGGCUCUGUAAACCCUCUUCCGCCUCACCCUGUUACCCCAAGCACAUCAGGAAUCCGACUCUUACGUCAUGCCACCCCUUCUGAGGGCCAAAGCUCUGCAACCCCUCAGACCUGCCCUAGCACACCCCAGCAACACACACCCCAGCAACACACACCCCAGCAUUACACACCCCAGCAUUACACACCCCAGCACCCCCAGGUAAGACGUGGAAAGAUCACACCAUGCACUCCCAAGACAAAUGAAAGGAAUAUGUUGCUGCAGUGGCUGGUUAAUGUCAAGACUCCCACAACCCAGGAAUCUCCCGCUGAUUCAAGUGAAAGUGAAUGCGGAAAAAAUACCCACAAACGUAAAUUGACAGACCUUAUGGAUGAGGAUCAAGAGAAUGUGUCAGACAAAGAGAAACCAACAAAGUCUCCUAGCAAAGAUAAAAGUAAUAUAUUGGGUUCAUCUUCCAUCAUGAAUAGCCAGACUCCCACAUCUGUAACUGCAGCCAAGAUGCUUAAGUAUGAUGACUCUGAGCCUGCUUCCCUUGACAAAGGUCAGGAUGGCAGUUCUGCUGAUGUGGCUGACAGUGUUCAUCCCAUAGAUGCUCCAGACAGCUUGAUCAGUUACUUGCGGAAACCUGUAACCAAUAGUUUGUUCAGAGAAAAUGGCACCGUUGCUGAUGAGAGUUCAGAAAGAAUUGUUCAAGGAAACAAACAGAGUGCUGACAGUAGCAGUCACAAGCAAUUUGGAAAGUUCUCAUCACCCACAGCAAAUUUACCAAACUACAGAGUUGAUGGCACGUCCCCGCAUAGUCGACCCGAGGUGAAAAUUGAGAAGAAACGCCACACAAACUGGCUCACUUCUAUCAGUCAUCAACGUAAACUGAAAUUCUCAAAAACACCAGACAAAGUCAUUAAAAAUCGUGCUUCUCCCAGGUCAACGGACUCACAAAAAGGUGGGGUGUGAAGGUCAUUAGGUUUAUUAAGAAAUUGUCCUUACCGCUCUUGAAUGUUUAUACCAAAGGUUUAGAGAAUAUUAUUUGUAGGGACAGUAAUAUUUUUCCUCUAGAGCAUUAAUGUAGACUCAGAGCAUUAAUGUAGACUCAGCAGUUGAAGUGACCCUCUUGUUGCCCAGCCACUUAAGGCUCAACGCAAAAACAAAAAAAAUGCAUAUCAUUGCAUCUGAAAAAAAUUGAAAAUUAAGUUCUCAUGUCACUAUAGGGGCAAAUAGCUUUGUGUGUUCCUGCCUUAUGAAAACUUCAUGUUUUUAACCCCAUUCCAUCCUGCAGAAGGAAGCAAGAGGGUAGCUUUCCAACAUUUAUAUUUUAUGUAAGUUUUAAUGCAAAUAUCUUAUGUAGUGAUCAUUAUUUUCCUGUAUUUUAUUUAUUUUUAAUAUUAGUUGACUAGCACAUCACAAGGAUUGCUGAUUGUGAUGUGUCUGUGUAUUGUGUGUGUGUGUGUGUGUGUGUGUGUGUGUGUGUGUGUGUGUGUUUACCUAGUCAUGAUAUACAGGAACUCACUCGUGGGGUCCUGUCUCCAAAUCUUAGAUUAUUGAAUUUAGCUUUAAAUUCAUAAAUACAGUACCUCUUUCAUGUCCUGAUGGAGUCUCUCCCCCUGCUCAUCGGUCAUUGAUCCCAGAUUCUCAGGAAACUGAUCCAUAUGUGAGAAUAAGUAAUGCAUUUUGAUGCUCAUGUUGCAUCUGAGGUUUCUGAAAGCGAUCAGCAUAUUGGUGACAAGUUCUGCGUACUUCCUGGCCUUCUCGUUGCCAAUAAAGUUCUUCACGACAAGAACAAAAGACUUCCAUGCUUCCAGUUUCACUUCGUUCAUUGAGUUUUCAAAUUCUGGAUCUCUGAUGAGCUGACGGAGUUGAGGACCGUCAAAGAUGCCAGCUUUCAACUUCUCCAUGGUCAAUCCUGGAAAAGCGUGGCACAAGUAAGUGAAGCAGCCACCAUCCUUGUCCAGAGCUUUGGUGAACUGUUUGAUCAAGCCGAGCUUGAUGUGCAGCGGUGGGAAGAGUAUCCUGUCUGUCCACCAGAGGGUUGUUGAUGAAGUUCCUUGCUCUGCAAGGCUCCAAUUCCUCCCAUACAGGCCAGUCCUUCUUCAUGUAAUGCUGAGCUUUGUCCCUACUAUCCCACAUGCACAGAAAGCACGGGUAUUUGGUGAACCCGGACUGUUGUCCCCACAAAAUACAAAAAAUACCAGUAAGUCAAAAAUUGGGACAUGUAAACUCUUCAGAAUUUGUUUAUUUAAAGAAAUAAGAAAGAAUCAUGUGGUGAUAGAUAAAAAAAAAGUUGACCUGAUUGAGCAAAACCAGUGUGAUUUUGGGAUUCAGCACAUCAAAAUUGUCCUAAAUCAGCUAAAAAAAACUUAAACGAUAAAUUUGUUGUUGGCCAGUGUAGUUUUUAACUAAAUAUUGAAUAUAAUUGAUGGCAUUUGUCAUAGUUAGUGCCAUUUAUAUCCAUCGCUGUGGCCAGUGGACUCCCCAAGCCAGCCCCGCCCAACCACACUUCAUGGCUGAGUCUGACUAUAGCUCAUUCCUUUUCAUUUGUCUCUCCUAAUAGAUAUUUUCUUGAAGCUUUCAUUUCCAUGUUCUAUUAAUAAUUUCAUUUACUUUGAUCUGUGACCUAAACUUAACUUAUGAGAGGCCUCACUUUUCCUUCCCAUGCCUACCCAGCCUGUAAACCUUUUCUAUUUCUUUAUUAAUAUCUGUGUUUUCAUCAAACACUGCCUUGACUAGGUUCUUCACCAGACUUAAUUCAUCUUUUUCUCCCCAUUUAUUGGUUGGGCCAUUCUUUAAAUAAAAAAAUGACUGUACACUUCUCUGUUCACCACAUCCCUAACCAGCACCUCAUUGUCCUUGAUUGCCUCUAGCACUUUCUGUAUUUUUUAAGGUUUUCAGCAAAUCACUGCCUCUGAGAACUUCAUUACAGUCAACUUUCUCCUCUUCCUAAAUUUUCUUCCAACUUUUAUGGUCAUGUUAUUUACCUUAAUCUCUUCACUUUGACUCACCUUUAUUUUCCAGUUUUUCCUUUUUCAAUUACUUGUUUUCUUUUUUUAGUUGCUUUACUUCAGAUACACUUUAAUUGCCUUAAACUCAUUAAUUUCUCCUUUUAACAUAGUUUGCCUCUUUUACUUUGACAAAUUUCUCCUGCAGUGCAUUCAACACACACUGCCAGCCCCUUAUACUCUGCAUUGUUAUCUCCUAGGCCUUCAACAUGUGCUACCCUCUUUGGCCAGUGUCCAAAAUUCAUGUCAGUGGAGUUAAAUCCUUCAAAUUCUAUACCUUGCUGUUUGGGAUCAAGCUUUAAACAUUUUCCUCUGCCAUAUUGCACUGGCAAAGCUCAAUGCUUUUAAACACCAAACACUACCCAUCUCCCUGAGAAACAUUUACUUCUUCAAAAUGCAACAGGACCCCACCUCCCAUCUACACAAUACACCACUUAAGCUGUAAAAGGGCAUGCUGUGGCACUGUGUGUGUGUGUGUGUGCGUGUUUGUGUUUGUGUGCGUGCGCAUACUCGUGGACACAUGUUUUCGUGUUACUUCUGUUUCUGUAUUUUCCACCGUAUUUACCUUUCUGUUAUGAACAGAUGACUAGUGAUUCUGAUGAUUAAAAUACCUGCAGUACAAGUAGAGUCUACAUUUCUGAUUCUUUUUUAUUUAGUGAAUUUUAUGGUAACUAAUAAAACUGACAAAUGAAA